GCCAGUCUGCUAGUUUUCAUAUUCCUGCAGUCAUGGCAGGCACCCAGAUGCGGUCGUUCCAGGCGAAGUCGGCGGCCUCGGCUCGCGGCGCCGUCCGUGGCAGGCGCAGCGUGGUCGUUCAGGCCGCCAAGGAGCUGCACUUCAACCGCAACAUGGAGGCGCUGAAGAAGAUGCAGGCUGGUGUGGACAAGCUGGCCACCGUGGUCGGUGUGACCAUCGGCCCCAAGGGUCGCAACGUGGUGUUGGAGUCCAAGUUCGGCUCGCCCAAGAUUGUGAACGACGGUGUGACCAUUGCUCGCGAGGUGGAGCUGGAGGACCCCGUGGAGAACAUCGGCGCCAAGCUGGUCCGCCAGGCCGCUGCCCGCACCAACGACACCGCUGGUGAUGGCACCACCACCGCCACCGUCCUGUCCGCCGCCUUCAUCGCUGAGGGCAUGAAGAUCGUGGCCGCCGGCACCAACCCCGUGCAGCUGACCCGCGGCAUGGAGAAGACCGUGAACGCGCUGGUGAAGGAGCUGAAGGCAGCCUCCAGCCAGGUGCACUCCGACAAGGACCUGUCCAACGUGGCCAGUGUGUCGGCCGGCGGCAACCCUGACGUGGGCAAGCUGAUCAGCGACGCCAUGGCCAAGGUUGGCCGCCAGGGUGUGGUUACCAUGGAGGAGUCCAAGACCGCUGAGGACGCGCUGAUCUUUGUGGAGGGCAUGCAGUUCGACCGCGGCUACUACUCGCCCUACUUCGUCACCGACCCCGAGCGCAUGCUCGCGGAGUACGAGAACUGCCGCAUCCUGCUGGUGGACAAGAAGAUUUCCACCGCCCGCGACAUCAUCGGCAUCCUGGAGGCCGCCAUCCGCGGCAACUACCCGCUGCUGAUCAUGGCCGAGGACGUGGAGCAGGAGGCGCUGGCCACCCUGGUGGUCAACAAGCUGCGCGGCACCCUCAAGGUGGUGGCUGUGAAGGCGCCCGGCUUCGGCGAGCGCAAGAGCUCCUACCUGGAGGACAUUGCCAUCCUGACCGGCGGCACCGUGGUUAAGGACGAGCUGGGCAUCACCCUGGAGAAGGCCACCGAGGAGGUGCUGGGCCUGGCUGCCAAGGUGUCGAUCUCCAAGGAGGCCACCACCAUUGUGGGUGACGGCCGCACGCAGCAGCAGGUGGAGGGCCGCGUCAAGCAGAUCCGCAACCUGGCGGCGGAGACGGAGCAGGAGUACGAGAAGGAGAAGCUCAAUGAGCGCAUUGCGCGCCUGUCGGGCGGCGUGGCCAUCAUCCAGGUGGGCGCCCAGACCGAGACGGAGCUCAAGGAGAAGAAGCUGCGCGUGGAGGACGCCCUGAACGCCACCAAGGCCGCUGUGGAGGAGGGCAUUGUCAUCGGUGGUGGCUGCACGCUGCUGCGCCUCAGCCAGAAGGUGGACUCCAUCAAGGAGACCCUUUCCAACGAGGAGCAGAAGAUGGGCGCCGACAUCAUCAAGCGCGCGCUCAGCUACCCCAUCAAGCUCAUCGCCAACAACGCCGGCACCAACGGCUCCGUGGUCAUGCAGCGCGUCAUGGACAACAUCGACCAGCCGUACUACGGCUACAACGCCGCCACCGACACCUUCGAGGACCUGAUGGAGGCCGGCAUCAUCGACCCCACCAAGGUGGUCCGCUGCUCGCUGGAGAACGCCGUGUCGGUGGCCAAGACCUUCCUGCUGGCUGACGUGGUGGUCACCGAGAUCCCCGAGAAGGAGAAGGCGCCCGCGCCCGCCGCCGGCGGCGGUGACUACGACUACUAAGCAGCUGUAGCACCCGGCCGCCGCCGCCGCGCUGCUGCUGCUGCAGCGCUGUAGCGGUGUAGCAAUGUCCAGGUGUGCCGGCGGGGCCGGCGGCUGUGUGGCUAUACGUGGCGCGUGCGGUCUGCUGCUGUGGGUACUGGGUUGGUGGUUUGGUGUUUGGGGGUUUCGGAGUGGAAAUGGCGGUGCGAGCUGGAGGCGUGCUUGGGCCGAGGAGGUGCGCUUGGAGACGAUGAUGACGGGCCCCGGGGUCGGGGUUCGUGACGGCUACAGCCAGUGUGGUUGACGACUAGAGUGGGUUGCAAAGGAGGACUUCAUCGGACGUGCAGGCGGCGCCGUCGGCGCACCCGAACGGGCAGCUGGUGUGCGCGGGUGGGGCUGGCUGCGUGUCGCAGUUUUGGGCGCCGGUGACGGCUGUAGCGAACGCGCAAGGACGCGCCCGCUGCUAGAGCUGGUUCCCGGGCGGGGGCCGGGGCGGCACGGCCACAAGAGGGCAUACGCAGCACGCGCGUCCCCGUCUGUUACGCGGGGGCGGCUGCAGCACAACUCCCGGCUGCUGCUGCGGUGUCAGGCUAGCAUGCUGGGUUGACGGUUCAGUCGUGGCUACAGCGCUGGCUGUUGUUUUGCACACAUGCGGCCGCUUGCAAGCCUGAAGGAUCAUUGCUUGCUGUUGAGCGAACAAGAGAGAGGUGCGAGAGAGCGUGACAGACCCCAAGGACGACGAUGUGUGAGGGCUAAGGACUGUGUAUGUGUGUUGCUGGGCGGUGCUGCUGCCAACAGCCGCUGCCAAGCAGCUGUGCGCCUAGGUAGAUGUAAACCAACAUCUGA